GCAAGAAUGACGGAUCUGAUUUCUGUCCAAGACUUCAUUUCUCAAACCCAGGAGGAUCUGAGCUCUCCAACAACCUCUUCCUUCACUAGCCACAUGGGCAAAUGCAGGAACACAGUUUGCAGCUUAGAGGAGGACUUGGAUUCAGAUCGAAAUGUCCUGCAAAAAAUGAGGAAAGCAGUCAAAGCAGAGCACACGACUGGACAAGAUCUCAUUAGCCAUUUAGAAGCUCAUAUUGCUGCCCUGGAGAAAUUUUCAGGAAACUAUCACAACAGUGGAGAUGAAAAGCUGUCUGAAGCAUUUACCACCUUUGCUUCAUUUUCACAAGAGCUGCUAGAAGCCAUCAAGAGCCUGUUGCUGAGCCUCUAUCACAAUAUUCGGUUUUCUCUGGAUUCACUGAUCAAGGGAGAUUUCAAAGGGGAUUUUAAAAAACCUGUUGAAAAGGCUUGGAAGGACUAUGAAAGCAAACUUGCAAAGAUAGAGAAAGAAAAGCGCGAGCUGGCAAAACAAUAUGGAAUGGUGAGGACAGAGGUUGCUGGAGGAGAGAUUGCGGAGGAGAUGGAAAAAGAGCGAAGGAUGUUCCAGUUACAUAUGUGUGAGUACCUAAUUAAAGUGAACGAGCUUAAAACCAAGAAAGGAGUUGACUUGCUGCAGAAUAACAUCAAGCACUGCAACUCCCAGUUCAAUUUCUUCCAGAAAUGUUUAAAGGCAACAGAGAAGCACAAGCAAUUUAUAGAGAAAUUAACUCCUGAGAUUCAGAGUAUGAAGUCAAAGCAAGAAGAGGAGAAGAAACAGUUAUAUUCCCUUCGGGAUCAGCUCAAAUCAGCAUUGCAGUUGGAACCCAGAGAGCAGAAUUCUGUAAGCAAGCCAGUGAGGUAUAGCAUGCAUCAGCUCCAGGGAAAUAAGCAGUAUGGCACAGAGAGAUCUGGGAACCUCUUUAAGAAAAGUGAUGGCUUAAGGAAAGUCUGGCAGAAGAGAAAGUGCACAGUCAGGAAUGGCUAUCUUACCAUUUCACACAGUACAUUAAAUCGUCUUCCGGUGAAGCUGAAUUUGCUCACUUGUCAAGUUAAACCAAAUGCGGAUGACAAGAAAUGUUUUGAUCUUAUUGCACAUGGAUCUCUGUUUUGAGUAACAGUAAAGAAGAAGCUUUGAACGUUGCCUUCAAACAGGCCCACAACAAGGACGAAUACAACACGGAGAAUCUGACUGGAGCAAUCAUUGAGGAAAUAAAGCACAUGCCAGGAAACAACAUUUGCUGUGAUUGCUCAACACCAGAUCCAGCAUGGCUCUCCAUUAAUUUGGGGAUCUUAAUUUGCAUUGAAUGUUCUGGGAUUCAUCGAGAGUUGGGUGUUCAUCACUCCCGCAUCCAAUCAUUAGCCUUGGACAAAUUGGCCACCUCAGAGCUUCUGUUGGCUAAAAAUAUUGGAAACUUACGAUUUAAUGACAUAGUGGAAGCCAACCUUCCCAAUUCAUCUUCAAAGCCAACUAAGGAAAGUGCAAUGGCUCAUCGGAAACUGUUCAUAAUUUCGAAGUAUGUUGAUAGGAAGUAUGUUGUUCCAAGGAUCAUGAGGAGUCCAGUUGCCAAGCUCAAGAAUUUGGAGAAUGCUGUCAAAGAGAAGGAUAUAUUUAUUUUGCUUCAAGCAUAUGCAGAAAAAAUGGAGUUAAGUGAGCCUGUUUUGGAAUUUAGCCAGGAACCUAGAGAGACACUUCUUCAUCUGGCAGUCCUAGGUAGUGACCGAACUUCUUUGCAUAUUGUAGAUUUUCUGGUGCAGAACAGUGGGAGCCUGCUGAAACAGACAUCCAAGGGAAAUACUCCCCUUCAUUAUUGUAGCCUUCAUAAUAAACCUGAAUGCCUAAAACUCCUUCUGCGAGCAAAAGCCAACAUCAAAAUCACUAAUGAAGCUGGAGAGACAGCCCUUGAUAUUGCUAAGCUACUGAAUCACACUACAUGUGAAGAUCUGUUAUUGCAGGCUGAAAAUAAUCAGUUCAAUAUGCGGGCCCAUGUUGAAUAUGAAUGGCAGCCAGGCCAAGAGGAGAUGUUUGAAAGUGAUGAUGAAUUGGAUGAAAAGCUCUGUCUGGUGAAAAAAGAUCGCUUUCAUCGCCCACAAAGCUGCUACAAUGUUCUUGGGACAGCCUCUCAGUCAUGGAAGAAUCCAGCCGACUUUUUCAGAGGGACCAAUCCAGCAUCCCAGGACAAAUGCCAUGAUUUAUAUGCUACACCACAUGCCUCUAGAUCUGCUGAAAUAGCAUCUCCUCCCACUUAUGCCUGUUCAGGCCCUCCACUGCCACCACGCAAUGCACCCAGAGCCCCCAGCUUCCCUCCGCCAUUACCCCCAACCAGCAAACCUGCCUAUCUUGUAAAUACAGCAACUGAAAGAGCUGUGCCUCCACCUCUGACCAUUAGGCAUAAGCGGACCUCUUCAGAGCCUGUCCCCUCAACGCCACUGAAUCACAGUCCUUCUGAUGAUUCUAGAUCUUUCUCACUUCCAAGGCGCUGCUCUCCAGAAGGAGCUUCUCCUAGGAGUUUCAGUUCUCAGCCAUCUGAACUCUCUGAAGAUUCCUGGCAGCAAGCUAAUUAUGAUCAAAAUCUCUGA